UAAUGACGGCUUUCUCAAGCGCCGUGCGAAAACGUUGAUGAGCGGUCGGUCGCGACGGAGAACAACAAAAUUAGCAAGCGGUCUCCAUGGUGAUGAAGUCGUCGUGCGAGGAGGAUGAGGGCGCCUGGGGUCUCGGGAUCCCGGAGAAGAUGAGGAACAAUGCCGACUGGGUGGACAUCACUCAGGACUUCAAAGCAUCCUGUAAAGAACUUAAACUCGGCGAAUUGCUCCAUGACAAAUUGUUUGGUCUUUUCGAGGCGAUGUCUGCCAUUGAGAUGAUGGACCCGAAGAUGGAUGCUGGCAUGAUCGGGAACCAAGUGAACCGGAAAGUUCUUAACUUCGAGCAGGCUGUGAAGGAUGAGGCGAUUAGAGUGAAGGAUCUGACUUUGCCUGAACUCAUCGGCAUCGUUGACACAUGCUUCUGCUGCUUGAUAACUUGGCUGGAAGGUCACUCUCUAGCACAGACGGUCUUCACGUGUUUGUAUGUCCACAACCCCGAGCUCAUCCAGGAUCCUGCCCUCAAAGCCUUCGCUCUCGGCAUCCUCAAAGUGUGUGAUAUCGCCCGUGAGAAGGUCAACAAGGCUGCUGUGUUUGAGGAGGAGGAUUUCCAGGCCAUGACGUACGGCUUCAAAAUGGCCAACAACGUAACAGAUCUGAGAGUGACAGGAAUGCUGAAGGAUGUUGAGGAUGAGCUGCAGAGGAAAGUGAAGAGCACACGGAGUCGACAGGGCGAGCAACGGGACCCUGAGGUGGAGCUUGAUCAUCAGCAGUGCCUGGCCUUGUUCAGCAGGAUCAAAUUCACUCGCCUCCUACUGACAGCUCUCAUCUCCUUCACCAAGAAAGAGACGAGUGCAGUGAGUGAAGCGCAGAAGCUGAUGACGCAGGCAGCAGACCUCCUACCUGCGAUACAUUCCACCAUUCAGUACGGCAUUCAGUCACAGAAUGACACCACAAAAGGAGAUCACCCGAUCAUGAUGGGCUUUGAACCAUUGGUAAACCAACGCCUGCUUCCACCCACUUUUCCCCGCUACGCCAAGAUCAUCAAGCGUGAAGAGAUGGUCAACUAUUUCACCAAACUCAUCGAGCGCAUCAAGACCGUGUGUGACGUCAUCAACACCAGCAACCUGCACAGCAUCCUGGACUUCUUCUGUGAGUUUAGCGAGCAGUCCCCUUGUGUACUCUCCAGAUCUUUAUUACAGACUACGUUUCUGAUUGACAAUAAGAAAGUGUUCGGGACUCACCUGAUGCAAGACAUGAUCAAAGACGCUCUCCGCUAUUUUGUCAGCCCCCCCGUCCUGUCCUCAAAGUGCUGUUUGUACAAUAACCACCAGGCCAAAGACUACAUCGACUCCUUCGUCACACACUGCUCUCGGCCGUUCUGCAGUCUGAUACAGAUUCACGGCCACAACAGAGCACGCCAGAGAGACAAGCUGGGACACAUCUUGGAGGAGUUCGCCACCCUGCAGGACGAGGCUGAGAAGGUGGAUGCAGCUCUGCACGGGCUCCUGAUGAAGCUUGAGCCUCAGAGGCAGCACCUGGCGUGUCUGGGCACCUGGGUUCUGUACCACAACCUGCGCAUCAUGAUCCACUACCUGCUCAGCGGCUUUGAGCUCGAGCUCUAUAGCAUGCACGAAUACUACUACAUCUACUGGUACCUGUCGGAGUUCCUGUACGCGUGGCUGAUGUCCACCCUGAGCCGAGCCGACAGCUCUCAGAUGGCCGAGGAGCGCAUCCUGGAGGAGCAGCAGCAGAAAGGACGCAGCAGCAAGAAGAGCAAGAAGAAGAAGAAAGCUCGUCCUCUGGGGAAGGAGAUCACCAUGAGCCAAGCGUACCAGAACAUGUGCGCAGGCAUGUAUAAGACCAUGAUCGCCCUAGACAUGGACGGAAAGGUACGGAAACCUCAGUUCGAGCUGGACAGCGAGCAGGUGCGCUACGAGCAUCGUUUCGCACCCUUCAACAGCGUGGUCACACCUCCUCCAGUGCACUACAUCCAGUUCAAGGAAAUGUCCGAUCUGAAGAAGUACAGUCCUCCUCCACGCUCGGCCGACUUGUACAUGGCAGCCAGCAAACACUUCCAACAGGCCAAACUCAUCCUGGAGAACGUCACCAGUCCUGACAUUGAGGUGAAUCGUAUCCUCAAAGUGGCCAAACCCAACAUCGUUGUGAUGAAGCUACUGGCCGGAGGACACAAGAAGGACACUAAGGCCCUUCCUGAAUUCGACUUCUCCGCACACAAGUACUUCCCUAUCGUCAAAAUUAUCUGAUGACGUCUCAAGAUUUCGUGUCUCCUCAAUCAGCUCUGCUCUCCUCACACGACGGGCGUCAUUUUCAUCCAGUUGCCAUGCUGUUCACUUCAAACAUCACAACGUGACUAAGACUGUAAAAGUCCUUGUGCUGAAAGAAUCUCUAAUUAUGAUUUGGAGAGAACUUGUUCACAGUAUUCAGAGGUCAACGUGUGUGUGAGAGAGUGAAGUCCUUUCCAUUGACUUGCACGUGUGUAAAACUGUCUUAGUUUGUUACUUUUGAAUUAAAACAUCAUGCCAAACUUAUUUUCCUUAGAAUCCUUC